UAAUUCCUUGUUUUCCCUCGCACUCAGUUCUCAUUUUCUCUAGUGGAAGCAGGUAACGAUGGAGAAAUCCGAAUUCUCAGAUUCGUAAAAUUUAGUCAAAAUCAAAGAUCAAAAACCCUAGACUGCUUCAAAGGACGAUCGAUCACGAACAGUCUCAAAAUGGGAGAGUUUUCGAGGAACACCGAUAUGAAGGAGCUGAUUUCUUUCAGCAACGACCUCGUUGAGGUCCUGAAGAACGAAAAGGACACCGAUGAUUUAUCGCAGUGUUUGGGAAAAUCGGAAGCCCUUCAAUCGCAAUGCGACGCUGAUUACAGCGAAGUACAGAUUUUGAUUCAAGAUUAUCAUAAAAAGAUAGAUGCAUCCAAGCAGAAAACAAAUGAAGCAAAAUUGGGAGUUGUUCCUGAUGCAGAAAUAGACUUUCUUCAAAAGGAAUUGGAAGAAGAACUUCAAAGAGAACGUUUGCUUAGGGAAGAGCUUAGAGCUAUCACUGAUGAAAUUAAUGAUCUAGAACACCAAAGGGUGUCCAUUGAAGAACGAAAGCAACUGCUGAAGAAAGUUGAGCAAGAAGAGCUCAGAGCACAGAGGAAGCUCUCAAUGUAUGCUUCUGUCACGAACAUAAUUCCAAACCUGGAUGACCAGUCCAUAAUAUCAGGGGACUUGGUUCUCCUUGAACUUGAUGAAUUACAGAUAUUGUUGAUAGAGAGAAAAAGGUGGUUGAGAAGUUUGAAUUUCACCCAGGGAAGGAGACUGCCUUUGAUACAUGCAAUGGCAUUUGGAAGAUGAUAAAUCUUCCAUAGAACCAGGAAAAUUCUUCUCUUUACAAGCCUUAUUUAACCAGUGUAUCAUGUCGCAGAGUCUUCCACUUCUGUGGAUGCUUUAGCAUUUUUGUAUUCGGACGCUGCAAAGAUAUUUGAUUCUUGUUGAUUUC